AUGGGGUUUGGUGGAGGAGGGAUUGCACCGUCGCCCAGGUCGAAGUCGACGGAGGAUAUUUAUACAAGGACACAAUUGGAGGCUUCUGCUGCUAACAAGGAAGGGUUUUUCGCGAAGAAGAUGGCGAUGAAUGGAGCGAGACCGGAGGGGCUUCCUCCCUCGCAGGGUGGGAAGUAUGUUGGAUUUGGAUCUAGUCCAAAUCCUUCUCAGAAGAUGUCUAAUCAAAGUGAUUAUUUAUCUGUUGUUUCUGAGGGAAUUGGUAAAUUAUCGAUGGUUGCUCAGUCUGCAACCAAGGAGAUCACUGCCAAGGUACAAGAAGAAGCGCAAAAUGGACAAGUAGAAUUGGAAAAACAUGUCAUCACAAAGACAUUGACUAAGCCAUCUGAGGCAUAUUAUGAUGCCAAAAACCUGCCACAUGUUCUUGUGAGUACAAAAAUAUGUUUUGUGUGA